UCGUAUGGAAAACGGCAGCGUGGCCUCUCUCAGGUUUCUCUCUGGUAUUACCGCGUGGUGUGAGAUUUCUAACCCUUGUGGAUACGUACAUAUGCGUACACACUGGAUUAAUCGCAAAUAGAGGAAAAGUGCAAAAAUGUCGUUUGCCGACCGCAAUCUCGAUGUUCUUUUACUGGACAUCAAUGCCAACGAGCCUCCGCUAGAGGUAUUGAUAGCGGUUACUUCGUCACAAUCUGAAGAAGUAAAGACAGAAAUAGAAUGGCACAGAGAGCCUCCAAUUUUGAAGAAUAAACCUCAGAAUGCUAUCUUAAGCAAUAAACAUGGAGCAUUGUUAGCAGUAGAUUGUCUUGAAAUUACUCGGUUCUUUGCCAGGGAAAUCAAUACUGAACUUUAUGGUGAUACUUAUUCUUAUACAAGAACAGAAAUUGAUCAUUGGAUAUCGCGUUCUAUUUCUAAAUCGAUGACUGAGAAAAAGAAUUUGGAUUAUCUGGAUAAAGUAUUACUAACACAAACAUGGCUAGUUGACAAGAAAAUGACAUUGGCCGACAUUCAUGUAUUUAGCAGUUUGCACAAAAUAGAUAUUGCGCAAUUUCAGGAAAAUUAUGUUAACUUUGCUAGAUGGUUUAAGUUUAUGCAAUCGCGUCCUGCUGUAAAAGAUGCGUUAUCUUUAAUUAAAGAGCAUAAAUUGACUUUUCCAAAAUUGAGAAAAUUGCAUCAUCAGGGUAAAUUUACGGAUUUACCAAGUGCACAAUGGGGCAAGUUAGUGGUAAGAUUUCCACCAGAAGCAAGUGGCUAUCUCCACAUUGGCCAUGCUAAAGCUGCCCUCUUAAAUCAGUAUUAUGCCGAAAUGUAUAACGGACAGCUUAUCAUGAGAUUCGAUGAUACAAAUCCGGCAAAAGAGACUGUGGAAUUUGAAGAAGCUAUACUGCAAGACUUAAAAUUACUGAAAAUUGAGCCCAAUAGGUUUACACACACUUCGGAUUACUUUGACAGAUUAGAAAAGUGUUGUACUAUGCUAAUCCAGAGUGGAAGAGCAUUUGUGGAUGAUACCCCGUCAGAGCUUAUGAAAGCGCAACGUGAUGAAAAGAUGAAGUCUGAAAAUAGAGAUAACUCUGUUGAAAUAAAUCUUCAAUUGUGGGAAGAAAUGCGACGCGGCACUGAGUUAGGUCAACGAUGUUGCGUCAGAGCGAAGAUCGAUUAUGAAUCAAAAAACGGAUGUUUGCGCGAUCCGACAAUUUACCGUUGCAAGUCCGAGGCCCAUCCACGUACUGGAGACAAAUACAAGGUGUAUCCUACAUAUGAUUUUGCCUGUCCACUUGUUGAUUUUAUUGAGAAUGUUACUCAUCCCUUGCGCACGACGGAGUAUGAAGAUAGAGAUGAUCAAUAUCGUUGGAUACUCCAGCAAUUUGAGUACGCAAUGCCGUUCAUCGUGUCGUAUUCACGUUUGAAUAUGACUCAUACAGUUCUGUCCAAGCGGAAAUUAACGUGGUUUGUAGAUCAAGGUCUGGUUGAUGGAUGGGAUGAUCCACGUAUGCCAACGAUAAGAGGCAUUCUGAGACAUGGAAUGACAGUCGAGGCCCUGAAAGACUUCAUCAUUGCCCAAGGUAGCUCUAGAUCAGUAGUCGUCAUGGAAUGGGACAAGAUAUGGGCUUUCAAUAAGAAGGUUAUAGAUCCGGUGGCAGUCAGGUAUACUGCGUUGAAGUUUGAAACAAUAGUAAAUGUUAAUGUGAUAGAUGCUAAAAAGGGAUCGUUAACCGUACAAAAUCACCCUAAAGAUCCUACUAAAGGCACCAAACAAGUGCUAGUGGGUCCGAAAUUAUUAAUCGAACGUGAGGAUGCUGAAUGUUUAGUUGAGGGACAGAAUGCGACCUUUAUUAAUUGGGGUAAUUUAAUGAUACUAAAGAUCAAUAGAGUUGAUAACAAUAUAACAAGCGUGGACGCACGAUUGAAUUUGGAGGAUAAAAAUUAUAAGGACACUUUAAAGAUUACAUGGCUGGCCGAACCCGAACAGGAAGUUGGAAAGUCAAAUCCAAUAUCGUGCUACACUGUUUAUUUUAAUCACCUUUUGAACGUCCCGACCUUGCCCAAAGAUAGUAAUUAUCAAUUGUUCGUCAACAUAUCGACAAGGAAAGAAGAGCUGAUGUUAGGUGAAAUGGAACUGCAACGCGUGAAAAAGGGAGAAAUAAUUCAGCUUCAAAGAAAGGGGUUCUUUAUCUGUGAUGUUCCCUACGCAUCUGCCAGUCCUUAUUCAUCACGAGAACAGCCUUUAAUAUUGUUCCACAUACCCGAUGGACAUGCGACUGCUGUACAAAAGACUCAAAUGACUGCUGUACAAAAAAUUCAAAUGAUUCAAAAGUUUCAAGAACAGGUUGAUGGAAAGAAAAAGAACGAUAAAGCAAAAAAAUUAAAAAAGAAAGAACCAGAAAUUAUAGAUUUGAAGACUUUGUCGGUUGCAACAUUCUCACAAUACAUACAGGAACAAUUCAUUAAAGUGCAAGAUUUACAGACUAGUCUCCAACUUGAAACGAAAAUUCUCUCAGAUAUGAAAAUGCAGUAUAAAAAUUCCACCGGCCAGGAAUGGAAUCCAGCUGCUAUUAAUGAUACAGAAACAAAAGACAAAGAAGCUAUAAAAGCGGAGAAGAUAGCUGAAGAAAUUCAGAAACAAGGUGAGAAAGUGCGAAAUUUGAAGAGCUCAAAAGCCGACAAGAGCACUAUCGACCAAGAAGUGAAAAUUCUUUUGAGUUUGAAAAGCGAUUACAAAAAUGCAACUGGUCGGGAUUGGAAACCAGGUCAAACUACAACUGCUAGUGCAGUUGAUAAUAAAAUGAUAGAAAUUAAAGAGAAAACUUCAAAAUCAGUUAAAACUACAGUUGCUAGUAAAGUUAGUGAUACGAAGACGGAAGGCAAGGAAAGAAUUUUAACGGCAGAGAAAAUAGCUGAAGAAAUUCAGAAACAAGGCGAUAAAGUGCGAAGUCUGAAGAACUCCAAAGCUGACAAGAGCAUUAUUGAGCAAGAAGUGAAAAUUCUUUUAAAUUUGAAAAGUGACUACAAAAGUACAACUGGUCAAGAUUGGAAACCAGGUCAAAUUACAGCUGCUAGUACAGUUAGUGAUACGAAGACGGAAAGCAAAGAGGAAUCUUUAAAAGCGGAGAAGAUAGCUGAAGAAAUUCAGAAACAAGGCGAUAGAGUGCGAAAUUUGAAGAGCUCGAAAGCCGACAAGAGCACUAUCGAUCAAGAAGUGAAAAUCCUCUUGAGUUUGAAAAGCGACUACAAAAAUGCUACAGGUCAGAAUUGGAAACCAUGUCAAACUACAAUUGCUAGUACAGUUAGUGAUACAAAGACGGAAAGCAAAGAAGAAUCUUCAAAAGCGAAGAAGAUAGCUGAAGAAAUUCGGAAACAAUACGAUAAACUGAUAAAUUUGGACUCGAGAGUCGACGAGAGCACUCUCUUUCGAGAAGCGAGAAUCCUCGGGGAUUUGAGAAGCGACUACAAAAAUGCUACAGGCCAGGAUUGGAAACCAAGUCUAACUACAGUUGCUAGUACAGUUAGUGAUACAAAGACGGAAAGCAAAGAGGAAUCUUCAAAAGCGGAGAAGAUAGCUGAAGAAAUUCAGAAACAAGGAGAUAGAGUGCGAAAAUUGAAGAGCUUGAAAGCCGACAAGAGCACUAUCGAUCAAGAAGUGAAAAUCCUCUUGAGUUUGAAAAGCGACUACAAAAAUGCUACAGGCCAGGAUUGGAAACCAGGUCAAGUAACUAAUGUAGUUGAUGAUAAAAAGCCGGAAAUUAAGGAGGAAACUUCGAAACCAAUUGAAGCUACAAGUGCUAGUACAGUUGGUGAUAUAAAAACAGUAAGCAAAGAGGAAACUUCGAAACCAGCUGAAACUAUAAUUUCUAGUAGUGAUUCAACAGAAUCUACAGAUAGCAAAGAAAAAGCAAAAGAGGAAAGGUUCUUUUAUCACGUACAUGUACAUGAUGAAUUCCUGCGAAAUCUAUUGAGAAACAAAUCAAGCGCUGCACUUAUUGAGAAGGCAACGGAGAAUCUUGCAAUAUACGAACAGGAGUACAAAGAUAAGACGGGUCAAGAUUAUAAAGAAGCUCUAGCUAAAAGAAAACAAAUGUUAAAUGAAACACUGACAAGUGAACAUUCUAGACUGCGAACUCUACGGGACUCGAAUGCUGACCAGAGUGUUAUAGCAGAAAAGAGAAAUGUUUUUGAUUCAUUAGCAAAAAAGUAUCAGCUAUUAACUGGCGAUGAUUGGAAGCCAACUUAUAUAGAUAUAAAUGAGUUAACUGAAGAAAUACAAAAGCGAAGCGAGAAAAUACGCAGUCUAAAACUCUCGAAGCAAAGUUCGGCGAUCAAACAAGAAAUGAAUAUCUUAAAGAAUAUGAAAGAUGACUAUUGGGAAGCAUUUGGUCAGAAAUGGAAUGGAAGUAAUGCUGCAGCCAAUAAGACGGCCACGGAUGCAUCGAAGUCGGAUAAUUCGAAAAAAUCAAGACUAGGAUUGGAAGUAAAGAAGGAGGAGAACUUCUUCGAGUGGUAUUCGCAAGUUAUCACGAAAACCGGAAUGAUCGAAUAUUACGAUGUGUCUGGAUGUUAUAUCCUUCGUCCGUGGAGUUUUGAGAUAUGGAAGGGAAUAAAAAGUCACAUGGAGUUAUGUUUGCAGGAUACGGAUAUUCAAGAAUGUUACUUUCCUAUUUUUGUCACUCGUGACGCUCUGGAGAAAGAGAAAACGCACAUAGCGGAUUUCGCGCCGGAAGUCGCAUGGGUGACAAAAUGCGGCAAUUCAGAUCUGGCGGAGCCUGUAGCUAUACGACCCACAUCGGAAACUAUUAUGUAUCCGGCUUAUGCCAAGUGGCUCAGAUCGGACACGGAGCUACCGCUCAAGCUCAUUCAAUGGAAUAACGUUGUGAGAUGGGAAUUUAAAGAUCCCAAGCCUUUCUUACGCACUAGAGAAUUUUUGUGGCAAGAAGGCCAUACCGCGUACGCCACUAAAAUAGAAGCGGAGGUGGAGGUGAUGUCUAUCUUGAACCUGUAUGCCGCAAUCUACGAGAAACUGCUAGCGGUGCCUGUUAUCAAAGGCCGCAAGACUGAAAAGGAGAAAUUCGCGGGUGCCGAAUACACUACUACAGUAGAAGCGUUUAUUCCGACCAGCGGCCGCGCGAUACAGGGCGCAACGAGUCAUCAUUUGGGGCAAAACUUCUCCAAAAUGUUUAAUAUACAGGUAGAAGGUAUCGCAGGAGGCAAUGAAAAGACAUUCGUUUAUCAAAACUCGUGGGGCAUAACUACACGAACGAUCGGAGUUAUGAUAAUGUUGCAUGGAGACGAUACUGGUUUAAUAUUACCGCCAAAUAUUGCACCUGUACAAGCGAUUGUUAUUCCAUGUGGCAUAAGUGCGAAAACAGCACCGGAACAGAAACAUAAAAUCUUUUCUGAGUGCUUCAAUCUGGUUGAAAAAAUCAGGAAUUCAAGUGGUAGAAUUAAAGUGAAAGGUGAUUUGAGAAAUAAUCGAACGGUUGGAUGGAAGUAUUGCCAUUGGGAGCUGAAAGGCGUACCCGUGAGAAUCGAAUUGGGUCCGAAGGAAAUUGCGAACAACGAAGUAAUGUUGGUGCGCAGAGAUACCUCCGAGGCACAAACGGUUAAAGCAGAUUCAGUAAUUUCAAAAUUAACCAUGUUAUUAAAUGAUAUACAAAACUGCUUGUUUGAGAGAGCGAAAGCGAAAUUCGACGAGCGUACCAAGCUCGUGGAAAACUGGAAUGAUUUCAUCACCGAAUUCAAUAAAAACAAUUUAUUACUGGCGCCUUUCUGUGGAGAGAUAGAAUGCGAGGACAACAUUAAGGCGGAUAGUGCAUCUACGAAUACCAGUGACGAACCUGGAACAUUAUCAAUGGGCGCUAAGAGUCUUUGUAUACCGUUUGAGCAACCGAAAUCAACAACACCAUUAGAGGACUUGACUUGUGUUCAUACACUUUGUGGAAAGAAGCCCAAGUUUUUUACACUAUUUGGCCGUAGUUAUUAAUACUCAUGAAAAUAGUACUCUCUUUGUUGCAAUUCAUUAUGCGCAGUAAAUUUUGUCACGAUAGAUUUUGAUAGUUAAGUGCAGCAUUGAAUGUAACGCGUUAUUAAAAAAUUAUAAUUUUA